UAUAAGUAUGUGGUAUGAAAUCAGCUACAUUCGACUGUGAUUCAACAAUAUCUUACGGUUUUAAAGCUCACUGCACCCAAGUAUUGUAUUUCAUACAAUUCAAAGGAUCAUUCAGGACUUAAGCGCUUAUAAUUAUCAUUUUGUCGUUUAUUAAAUGUAAAACAAGGAAGUGCCGAAAGCAUCCCACCGAACGUGUCCGUGAUGUGAUUGUAUAAAUACUGUGAAAAGGUUUACAUUUUAAUGAUUAUGAAUUAAAUUAUGAACACAAUGGCACAAAGAAAAUCCAACGUAUGGAAUUUUUUUAAAAUAUGUAGUGAUGAUGAAAGAAAAGCUGACUGUAUUCUUUGUGAAACUACAUCACGAAAGCAAAUUGUGAGAGGAAAAUCACGUAAAUUAUUCUCGACUAAACCAUUAUGGAACCAUUUGAAAAGUAAACAUCCGUUGAUAAUGAAAACCUUAGAUGGAGAAAUAAAUGUCAGUGAGAAUAUUAAAGUUGAAAUAGAUGACUAUCCAAUUUCUGAUUCUUUAUCUACAACAAUAACUUCAAAAUCUUAUGACCCUUUAUCUACAACAAUAACCUCAAAACCUUGUGAAAACUUUAUGUCAGAAACUUGUGUUUUCCUCCAAGAGAAAAAUUCCAAAAGUUUUUUAUCCUGUGAGACACAGCCUACUUUACAGUGUAUAAUUAAGGAAGAAGAAAUGUGGUCUUUAGAUGAUUCAAGAUCAGUCAAUAUAACUAAAAGGAUAGGUGAAAUGAUAGCACUUGAUGCUGAAGCAUUCACAUUAGUUGAACGAAAAGGCUUUGAAAGGUUAAUAAAAUAUUUGGCACCGCAGUAUCCUCUACCUUGCAGAACAUAUUUUUCUGACAAAAUUAUACCACAGUUGCAUGAAACUUUGAAAACACGUAUUUGUAAAAAAUUAGCUACUGCGACAUACAUAUCGUUCUGUACUAAUAUCUGGACUUGUUCAGCAAACAAUGAGGCAAUCAUAAGUUUAACAGCUCACUUUAUACGAAGUGAUGAUAUGGAGAGAGAAACGUAUGUUCUCAGUGUGAAACACUUUCCUGAUAGCCAUGCUGUUAAUAUAGAUCAGAUAUUAAAUGAUAUAAUGGAAGAAUGGCAUAUAAGUUCUAAUCAAAUUCACCUGAUUUUAAGAGAUAACGCCUCUAAUAUGAUUAUUGGAAGUAGUUUGUUAGGAGAUAAUAUAGGAUGUGUUAUUCACACUUUACAACUUGUAAUUCAUGAUUGUAUUUUUAAAAAUCAAAAGUUUAUUGAAAUUUUAAGAAAAUGUCGGAAAAUUGUUGAACAUUUUAACCAUUCUUCACUCGCUUACUCGAAACUCAGUAGCAUUCAGAAAAUUUUGAAGUUGCCAAAUCAUAAAUUAAUCUACGAUGAUACAACACGAUGGAAUUCUACAUUUUAUAUGUUGUCAAGUCUUCACGAACAACGACAAGCGAUAACUGCAUAUGCUGCGGAUAGAGACAUACCAACUCUUACAGUUAUGCAAUGGAGUAUAGUAGAAAAUGUUUUACAUGUUCUCCAACCAUUUGAAGAAAUAACUAAAAUAUUAAGUUCUGAUUGCGAGACAAUUGGAUACGUUAUUCCGGCAGUUGUUAUUCUACAUUCGUAUCUUUCAAAACGGCAAAAGGAUGCUGGAAUAGUAAUGUUGAAGGAAGAACUCAAGAAAGCAAUGGAAGAACGAUUUUUCAUUUCUACAGGAUUCAAGGAUCGAAAAUGUUUUGUACUAGCUACCGUUUUAGAUCCAAGAUUCAAAACAAAGUUUUUAUCAGAUGAAAAUAAGGUCAAACAAUGGAUUAUUACCGAAUUGCUUGAAAUGAACAAUACAGUCAUCGAAGAUGAUGAAAACAAUAUGCAAAAUCAUGAUAAUCCUCUUCAAAAACAAGAUAUCAGUGAAACACAAGAUGACAUCUGGAAGUGCUUCGAUGACAUAAUAAAUAAUUCAAAAUUAGAUAAUGAUAACAAUUUUGAGGAUUCAUCAAGUGAGACGUUUAAUAGACAAUCCAGUGAUAGAACUGAGAAAAUUGCAAUUUACAAUGCUGAAUUAACAAAAUACCUAACGCUACCUCUAUCACCGAGAAAUGAAGAUCCUUUAAUAUGGUGGAAAACUCAUGUUUUAGAAUAUCCUAAUCUCAAAACUUUGGUUUUGAAAUAUUUGAGUGCUCCACCAUCUUCCGUGCAUUCAGAAAGACUUUUCAACGUAGGAAAAUUAGUUUAUUCUGAUAAUCGAAAUAAAUUGUCACCGAAAAAUGCUGAAAUAUUACUGUUUAUCAUGAAAAAUUUAUUAAUAUUAAACUUUAAUUACUGAGCAAUGCCUAGAGUGACCAGUGUCGUGUCCAGUUUUUCCUGGACAUGUAAUCUUUUUUUUUUUCCUUUUUUUUAAAGCAUUCGAGGCAGUAAUCUCAAAUUGUGAGAUUUUCCGAGGCAUGCACAAUAACAUAGUGUAGUAGCGUACAGAUAUAUGAAUCGGAAGAACUUGAUAUUGUUAUAUCCUUUACAGGAAUAAAAUAGGAAAUAUGAAAGGAAGUAUUA